UUUGACACCGCUAAUAAGUGCGCGGAAGGGGUAACAAACAAAAUUUAUUUAAUUUUAUUUAUUUUCCACUGUCCGCUGCUGGAAAAUGGAUCGCACUUUCUACGAAGGGUGGCUAAUUAAGUCGCCACCAACAAAACGAAUUUGGCGUGCACGCUGGCGGCGACGCUGGUUCACGCUGAAGCAGGGCGAGAUACCCGAACAGUUCUGCCUUGAAUACUACACCGAUCACAAUUGCCGCAAGCUGAAGGGCGUCAUCGAUUUGGAUCAAUGCGAGCAAGUGGACUGUGGCCUGCGGCUGGAGAAUCGCAAGCAGAAGUUUCAGUACAUGUUCGACAUCAAGACGCCGAAGCGCACGUACUACCUGGCUGCCGAAACAGAGUCGGACAUGCGCGAUUGGGUGAACUGCAUCUGCCAGGUGUGUCACCUGCAUGACACCAAGCAGUCGAAUGAACUGCCUCUGGGCUCUGUGGGGGCAGACGAGAACCGCACGCAGAACACGAGCUCCAGCGGUGGCCUGAGCAACUCUACACAAAAUACAACCACCACAUCGUUGCAUUCGUCGGCGGGAACUGUUGCCGCCGCACAGGCUACGGCAACGGGAGGAACUGCCCAAAUGCGUCGUCCGGUGGUCAUUGACCAGCAGCCACUGCCGCAGAAUCCCGGCAACAACAACUCGGACUCGGUCUAUGUCAACACGGAGUACAGCAAUCGCGAGACAAUGCUCUGUGAUGGAAACUUCGAUCAGCAAGACUUACUUUCGGCAGCACAACAGCAGCCGCCUCCCUCGCCGGCCACGGCCCUCUACUUGAACCACAGUGCACUGAUCCAGGCUCAGGCAGCGGCUGCAGCUGCCGAGCAGCAGCAGCAACAGCAACAGCAGGCUGCCCGUCUCGCGGUCAACGCGAAUGGAGUGGUGCGGAAGCUGCCAGACCAUCUGGUGCUCACCCAACAGACCCUGGCCGAGGCAGCAGCCGAACAGCAGCAGCAUAGCAGCGUGCAGGCAUCGCCAGCAUUGAGCACCGCCUCUGGUCCGUAUAUACCCAUUAGCGAGUGCUUCUCGGGCAGCCCCAAGUUCCUGCUGGACAACCAGCACUCUGGUGCAGGCGGGCCGGGCCGAGAUGGGGCCAUACCGAACAAUCCCACAACGCCGUUGAACAAUUUGGAUCCCAAGUUCUACGAUACACCGCGUAGUCAUAACAACAUUGGCCUAAACCUGACCAAUGACCAGUCCUACUCCCCCAAGAUAACCAACUUGAGUCUGCAACAGCUGGCGGCUAGUUCUGCCAGCAAGCAACGUUCCGACUCGGACUCGGAGAGCGUCUUCACCGAUGACGAUGAGUGGGCUCAUCCCCUGCCACUCCGCGAGAAUGUGGAUCGCAGCACCAGGCCCUCGGAUAGUUCCAUAGAGAACGAAUCAUUUGUGCUGACUUAUUCGCAACGCUUCUCCAAAAUGCCCGAAGAUGGUGCAGCCGCAGCUCCGCCACCCGACAAGCAGUCAAAACUGACGGCCCCAUCAUCGCUGGCAGAUGCUGGUGACCAUCGCACACUGGAGAAACUGGCCAAGGUGCUGAAGAACAAGAAUAAUCUCAUACUAGACUUUAAGGAGAAUGAAAAAAUCACUCGCGAUCUGCCGCAGCUUUCGGACACGGAAAACACAUCGCCAGCUAUUGUGGCCCGUCGGAAUGCAAACUCCGGGUUCAUUGAGGAGAGCUACGACAUUCCACGCUCCCAUCAGCUGCCCUACUACAAUGUCAGCCAGCUGCUGGGCGAGCGACCGGUCACCAGUCCGCACAACAGCAAUCCCAUUGCUGCCUCCACGCCCAAUUUGAUGGCAGCAGCCGAUCUGGGUGCCGUUGCGGUGCCAGUGGCAGUGACGGUGGCAGUGGGAGCCAAUCCCUGCCAGACUCCGGCUACCAUUGCAGCCUCCUCACCCACAAGUGCGCGUACGUUGCCACGCCCACACUGCUACACGAAUGCAGCGCCCACCAAAAUGGAGGGAAAUGUGUUUCGGUAUGACUUCAUUGAGCAAAUGGACUGUCCGCCAGUGAACCGCAAACUGAAACCAAAGGCGGCCGGCACUCCAGCGGCCGUGGAGGAUAAGCCACCGGAGGAGUUCCCGGCCAAGCCGCCGGUGGGCGUCGAGCAUUUAACCAGCAAAUUGGGCGCGGCCCAACUGCAGCCGAUUGGGCCGCCCAGCGUGGAUCGCAAGUGUAAACCAAAUGCGUACAAGCUUGGUACUUCGGCCACCAUGUCGCCGUCGUCGCGUCGCUCUUCCGGAGCACCACUCUCGAUGGUGCUGCCGCACGAAACCGAUGUUCACUCGUCGGCGGUGGCUGCAUACUUCCACGAGACGCGCACUCUGCCACGCCAGCAACAUCGCCCGCAUCCCAACAGUCCUGGCAGCCUCUCAGUGCAGCAUCAGCGCACAGCCUCGGCAGUGGCUGCCAUGAUGACCUCCUCAGGCGCAGGGCCGAAACAACAGCCGCCGGCCCACGUCGAGCACAAGCUUCAGUAUUUUGAUCUGGAUGUGACCAACAAACCGCCCCUGCUCAAUCGAUCGAGCAUGAGCGUGGGCAAUCUUUAUUCCCAGGGUGGCAAUGCAGGCGGUGGCAUUCGUCUGGCAGCGGUGGAUGCCGGUGGAGCUCGGGCUCCUGUGCCGAGCAGCGUCGUCUACAAUUCCGUGGACUUUGUCAAGACAGAGGCCUUCAAGCGGAUACGCGAGGAGCGCAACAAGGACAGCAACGAGAGCAAAUGAUUGGGACACCGUCGCCCCACAUGACUGCGUGCAAUAUCCAAGGACCACGUUGCGGAUCCUAACUACUGUAGUGCCUAAACCAGUGGCCAGCUAGCACCCGCGCACCCAUUCAAAAUGCUGGUCCACAACAGUGCAAACACCAUGUGGCCUUUGCAUUUGAUAUCAUCUCGAAAUUUACACCCAUAUUAUACACCCUUCAACUAUGCGAAACGAUCAGCGAGUAUCUAG